AUGAACCGAUUUCAUUGCCAGUGCGGUUGCCAGUUAGAAGGCGAAGGAUAUAUCAUCAUUACCAGCAACGUGUGCCAAAAUCUUAGUAUCUGGAAAGUAAAAGCCAAAGGAGAGAGCGCAGUGAUUCGUUGGCAGAUCAUCAAACUCGACCUGUCGACAGACAGCGAAUGGGUGAAAAUCAAGAACGGCCAUCGUCCUGAGGACGCAAUCAUUUUUGACUCGGAGAGCCGGGACUCUACAGUAGAAUUUUACACAACCUCCGGUCCUUCAGAUAGCGUCGUUGAAUAUUUCAGUGGCAUUACAACGAAUGUGUCUGAGUCAAAUUUUGCGCUUCUGAACGUGACUGAAGAGCAAAUGCGAAUUUCGAUAAUCUGGUUUGAGUCAGUCAUCGAUUAUGACGAUUCUUCGACCAACAUAGGAUCAGAGAACAGCUAUUUUACUUUGGUCAUCAACUCGACCAGUUGCGCAGUGAUGGCUUUUGCCAUGAUCUUCUUUACCUUUUUGCAACUUAUCUACUUCUCUAGACAUCAUGACGCGGCCUGUGGUCAGGCAGCCAAACAGUCGCGGGAAAAAUUUCCGCGCAAACUGUUCAAAAAUUGCACCAAGCAUCGUGCAAUGCACAAAAGUGAAAGCCACCCGUCUGAAAAGUUCGACUUCAGGAAGGAAGCGGAUCCGCUGAUCACCGCGUCAACGAACAAACUGUCUUCAGCUUCGCCAAACGACGACGUCGUUCUAAAAAUGAAAACAACUGAGGAAAUGGUUGUAUCCACGAUCACGCAGACGACGCGUCUCAGUGCGAUCAGCAGCAAAUCCAUCGACACUGCGCGAAAUGACCUCAUGAUCACUAGCUCUAGAAACUUGCUCUGCACGCAGAAUCCAGGCAUUGUCACAAGCUCUACGCCUUCGUCGCUCAGACGGCAGCUGUCGCUCGCUUCUCACCGCAACAGCGACGGAUCGACAUGCAACCCUCACCUCAGAACUGAUUCGUCAGAAAUGAGUAUCGCUGGCACAGAACAAGACUUUGAGUACGACUACUACGACGCACCGUUGCCUGGUUCUUUCCUCAAUCCUGUCUGGGCGCAGGGUGCACCGACUGAUGCGGACCUCGAGCAGAUCAUAGAGCAGAGCGAGUUGCUGCUUCGAGAGCAGUGUUCAACAGAACGAACUUCGACAACGGUCAGAGAAGCACCAGGCACUUAUUACGUCUGA